AUACAAAUCUCUCUCUCUCUCUCUCUCUCUCUCUCUCUCUCUCUCUCUCUCUCUCUCUCUUUUUAUAGUCUCAUGCCUCUGUCUGCAGAUCAAGAGAAAGGCUCUGCCACCAUCACAAGACUUAAAACAAAUCUCCAAACUUGAGGAAAAACUGUAUACAAAGCUAUUACUCUCUCUCUUCUCUACAAGAACAUGAUUCUGAAGUGCUGUGCUCAGACACCCACUUACUGAUUUUCUUCCUCUGCUCUUCUUUAUCGGGAUUCCUCUCUCUUAUCCAUUGUGUUCUCAAGAUAAACUAUUUUCUCUAAUUUUUUUUUUCUGCAUAUAUAAAUAUUCGCUUCUUUAACUUGGGGAUGAUGCCCGGUGUCACCACUUCUCUCUCUCCCUCUCUCGAAUCUUUGCUUAAUUUAAGGACAUGUGAGGAAGCUUGCUUUUGCCUCCUUAAGGGCAUGUAAGCCAUUAGUCGUCAUUUGGGUGUGUGUUUUCUUCCAUCUGUGGUGUGUUAAAGGAGAGAAAAUAAAAAGGGGAGUCCUUUUCUCUUACAUAUUCAAGUAGAUCCUGAGAAUGCCAUGCUUUGGUGCCUCUGAUGUGAGGUUGGUGUUGGAUAAGGUGGUUAUAUAAAUGCUGGGUUGCUUUCCGUUUUAGGAGUUAUGGAUUCUAUGAAUGGAUUCAGAUUAGAACCCAAAUGGCUAAUCGAUCCCCAGCUUCUCUUUGUUGGUCCAAAGAUUGGAGAAGGAGCUCAUGCCAAAGUCUACGAGGGAAAAUACAAAGACCAGACAGUUGCCAUAAAGAUAGUUCACAGAGGAGAAACACCCGAAGAGAUCGCCAAGAGAGAGUCACGGUUCCUAAGAGAGGUCUCAAUGCUCUCACGUGUCCAGCACAAGAACCUGGUGAAGGUCUGCUUUCCGAUUCCGAAACAUUCUUACCGCUUCUCUUCUAACACGGUUAUGCUUAAAAGAAAGAUUCAUUGGCUUUCUGUUCUGAACCAGUUCAUGGGUGCUUGCAAGGAGCCUGUAAUGGUGAUAGUCACUGAGCUUCUUCUCGGUGGUACAUUGCGUAAAUACUUGUUGAAUCUGAGACCUGCUUGUUUGGACACUCGUGUAGCCAUUGGUUUUGCCCUCGACAUCGCUCGGGCAAUGGAGUGUUUGCAUUCCCAUGGGAUCAUUCACCGUGAUCUGAAACCCGAGAACUUGCUUUUAACUGCAGAUCACAGGACGGUAAAACUCGCGGACUUUGGUUUAGCCAGAGAAGAGUCAUUAACCGAGAUGAUGACCGCUGAGACAGGAACUUACCGAUGGAUGGCGCCUGAGUUGUACAGUACAGUUACGUUGAGACUGGGGGAGAAGAAGCAUUACAACCACAAGGUCGAUGCGUAUAGCUUUGCGAUCGUUCUUUGGGAGCUUUUACACAAUAAAUUGCCGUUCGAAGGCAUGUCUAAUCUUCAAGCAGCUUAUGCAGCGGCAUUCAAAAACGUGAGGCCGAGCGCUGAGACCUUGCCAGAGGAUUUGGCGAACGUCGUGACGUCUUGUUGGAACGAGGACCCAAAUGCUCGGCCAAACUUCACUCAGAUCAUCCAGUUACUCCUCAACUAUCUCUCAAAGUUUGCAUCCCCCGAACCCGCGAUUCCUCUGCGGAUUCUGGCAUUGAAGAACACGCUUCUGCCGCCCGAUUCUCCCGGGACGAGCUCUCUGAUGGCGAAACGGGACGGUGAAACCCCGAAAGCCAAGGCCGAGGAAAAACGAAAGGGUCUCUUCUUCUGCUUCAAUCAUUGUUACUAACAGAAACGUUGCGGACGGAAGAGAUGUAUCAAGAAAACGUCUGGAGAAAAAAAGAGUUGCAGAGAUCCAAUCAAAAUACAUGAGAGACCAAAGAAUGAUUUGCACUUGUUAGCAAAAUAAUAUGCAUUCUGAACCAAUAUGAAUAAUAAUAAUAAUAAUAAUAACAAAAAUGAUCCAAAGGGUAAAAUAUGAA